AUGAAGGUCGUGAUCUUGUUGCUUCUUUUGGCUACUACAGAGUUUUUAAUGGCUGCAAAAAGAAGAAGCAGAAAAAUAAAUAAUUACAAGCUACCAAAACUAACCAAACCCUCAGAAUGGUGCAAGAAACCGAAAGCAGUAGGGCGAUGCAAGGCCGCAUUUCCAGGCCACUACUACGAUCCGCAAACUAGAUCAUGCAGACCGUUUGUAUAUGGAGGAUGCGGCGGAAAUGAGAAUAAUUUCGUCAAUCAGGAAGAUUGCGAAAUGGCAUGUCUUCCAGCCGUGAAGGAGCGCUGCAACUGCAGAGGCUUUUUGAAACCUCUGAACAGUUCCGGAAAGCUUAUUACGGAAGGAAAAUAUCGGACUCAGCAUGACAGAUAUGUGAGCAGAAUGAGGCUAUGCAUGGAAGUUUGCGUUUACGUCAAGCUUACAAACUGGGAAAUUCGCAAGCAAGAAUGAUCAUAGCAAAGAUUUAUAACGAUCAUUUUUUUCAUUUGAAUUUUGUUCAUCUUGCCUUUUCUUCAUCAUGACUUGGUGGGCUUAGAAAUCACAAUUCACAAUUUAUCUGUCUGCCAAAUUAGUCUUGUGUGAUUGGAUACUGAGCAAUCAGCGCAUUGAUGGAGUUGAAUGUUCCUUAUCCUGUUAUCUAAAACUUCAUUCACGGCAAUGAGCACUUUUGCUUAAGGUUCGAUAUAUUGGGUGGAACAUAAGUCUUGCAUGAAAUUCCGCAACUGUCCGCAACUAAUUGGCCGCAGAAAGCAUAUUUCUCAUACGCGAACUCGCCCGCCUC